CUAUAGAGAGAACCUGCCAAGCCCUUUCCCAUUGAAGGAUUACUGAUCCAUGACCUUCUGAAACCUGAGAGAAAGGAAAUGAUGAACAGACAUGAUGAUGGACUGCUGGAGGUUGUUGGAGUUUAUGGAUCUUUUUUACUGUGCACAGAUUCAAGUGAAGUUGUCAGAUCCCGUGAGACUUGGAAAGGUACACGCUGCACAGAUUGCACCAAGGAGCACCCAAACCUAUGUCCUGUAGAGAUCCAUGGCUCAUGGCAGGUGCAUCAGAAGAUAUUUUAAGAGGUUACUGUUGAAGAAGAAAAUGGUAUUUAACGACACAAACACAACAUAUUUUAAUGAGACAAACUACUUCGAUGAACAUCAUGUUCCAGACAUUGUCAUACAUUAUACAAUAGCAGCUGCUGUUGCCAUGGGUAUCUGCCUGUUUGGAAUAGUGGGAAAUAUAAUAGUGUUUUGGUAUCUUUUCUUCAGGAUUCAGAGGAACAAAUACACAGUAUACAUUGUGAACUUAGCUGUAGCUGACCUGCUGUUACUCACAUUUAGUGCUGUGUUAAUGAUGGUCAAUAUAAACACAUUAGUUGGUAGCACCCCUGAAUUUGAAGGCACUGUUGGAUUUUUGACCUUCUUAGAAAUAAUGUAUGAUCUUUCUCAAUAUUCUGGAAUGUACUUUCUAACAGCUAUCAGUAUGGAAAGAUGCAUGUCUGUGCUUUUCCCUCUUUGGUAUCAUAAUCAUCGCCCAAAGAAACUCUCGACAAUAAUGUGUAUUUGCCUUUGGAUUCUUGGAUGCACAGAAAGUCUCAUUGAAAACUUAAUAUGCCCAUCAGAAGAUUUUCGGAAUCAAACACAGGCCUGUACAGGAGUAGAGAUUAUGACGUUUGCUUUAAGCAUUUUCAUCUGUCUGCCACUAAUGAUCCUUUCUAGUGUCACUCUGCUGAUUGCUAUAAAGAGGACCUUCAGAAACCGAUACCCACCAAGACUUUAUAUCAUCAUUAUUGCUGCUAUCUUUAUUUUCAUCUUGUCAGUGAUACCAUUCAACUUCCUCUGGUUUCUAAUGUACUUCAGACGUUUGCCUUCAAUACAAGAUACACUCAGUCUAUAUUUUGCCUCGAUAAUAAGUGUAGCUCUCAGUUCUACUGCCAAUCCAUAUAUAUACUUUAUUGUCGGAAGACUGUGGAAACAGAAAUCCAAUCAUUCAAUUCAUGAUGCUCUUCAUAGAGCCUUCAAGGCAGAAGAGGAUGAAAAGGAAGAUAUAAAAAUAAGUGAAGAAGAAAAGACUUCACCUAAUAGUGGUGAAACAAACAGCACUUCAUGUAACAGUGAUCAAACACAUGACAACAAUACAUAAAAUCUCUUGUGAGCAUGUGCCAUUAAGGUUUUUAAAACCUAGACAUAAAACAUUCGCAUACAUCCCAUUUUUUGUUAUAGAAAUGCAACGGAAAUGUACAGGAAAAUUGCAAAUUAAACAAAUAAUGUGGAAUAUCAUGAGAGUAAAUGAAGUAUUAAGAAUUUUUUUUUGUGAGUUUGAAAUGUGUAAAAUCAGAAAAUGUAUUCAGCCUAACCUUUUAGCCACUGGCCAUUACUAUAUUAUUAUAGUAUAAGGGCUGUUGUACAAUGUUAUCAGAACAGAAAAUGCAUGUAAAAAAUACAUUUAAUUUAAUCAAUUUAAGUUUUAUAUAUAUAUACACACACACACACAUACAGUAGCAGAAAUUAUACAUCAGUUUGGUGCACAUGGUAAAGUACUGAUUUGAGUGAAGACGUUGGGCCUAGAUACAUCAGUUUAUCAAAUCACUAUGCAAGUGUAAUUGAAAAUUGGAUACAAAUAAAAGCUGUAAGUUACCCUACAA